UGGAAUGGCUCAGUUGCUGCAGCCCUGUGUCCCUGCAGGCUGGCUGUCCCAGGCAGGGCGUGGCUGGGCUGGCCCCUGGGCUGUGCAGUGGGAAGCACCGACUCCUUGGCCCCUCACCUGCCUGCUGUCUCUCCUGUCUUGCCAGACUUUCUCCCUCUGAAGUGCGACGCGUGCGAGCAGAUAUUCUGCACCGACCACAUCACCUACACCCAGCACCAGUGCACCUCUGCCUACAAGAAGGACGUGCAGGUCCCCGUGUGCCCCCUCUGCAACAUCCCCAUCCCUGUCCGAAAGGGGGAGAUGCCUGAUGUGGUGGUGGGGCAGCACAUCGACCAAGACUGCAAAUCCGACCCCGCCCAGCGCAAGCGCAAGAUUUUCACCAAUAAGUGUCUGAAGCCCGGCUGCAAGCAGAGGGAGAUGAUGAAGGUGAUCUGUGACCAGUGCCACGGGAACUUCUGCCUCAAGCAUCGGCACCCCCUGGAUCACGACUGCAAUGGGGCGGGGCGCCCCCUCUCCAGAGCCGGGUAA